AUGUUCAAACGUGUUGAUAAGCUUUUAUUUGACUUGGGUUAUUGUUCCAAAGUCGGAAUCAGGCAUUUUCUUCGUAAUAAUGAAUUAACCAUUAUGAAACAACAACCAGGAAGUAAAAAAGUAACCUAUGAAAAGUUUACAGGAAGUAAGAAACAACUCCGACAAGUCAUUGGUACAAAUAAUUUAUUAAUUAAUGGACAACCUGUUCAUACAUCGGAUCCUUUAAUUAUUGCUUUUGAUAAACCUGUUGAUUGGUUGUCUGAUGGAUUAGGUUCUUUAUAUGAUUAUCAACAUUUUCAAUAUCAUCAGAAAUUGAAGAAGGGAAUACAAUUGGGAAGUGAAACACCUAUUGAAAUUUUGAAUGAGGAAAAUGAAAAUAUGGAAGAAGAGGAAUAUGAUGAGGAAUAUGAUUCAGAACAAUUGGAAGAAGUUUCACAAAGUUAUUCUGUUCUUGAUUUAUUACCAAAGGAAUAUCCAUUGAGAAAACCAGGUUUUGAUUCGAUAUUACCACUUCCAGAUUCCAUUGGUGGAUUGACUGUUGUUACACAAUUGUACACUCUUGUGAAAGCUUUUAGAUCAGUAAGAGCUCCAUGUAAGAGAGUAUAUAGAAUUCAAACAAGAGAUAAAUUUACUGGUUUAGAGGACGAGGCCUUGUUGCAUUUCAGAUCUGAUAUUAAGGAUUCUUUGAAGAGGAUUAUUAAUCCACCUGAAUUUAAUGUAAUUGAUGAGAGAAAUAAUAUUGCUGAAAUUACAAUUUAUGAUUACAAACCUGAUAAAAUUCAAGAAAUGAUGUCCUCAAUUAGACAUCAACUUGUGGAUGUUAAGAGAAUUGGGUUGGGAGGUUUGACUUUGGAUGAUUUAAAUCUUGAACAACCAAUAGUUAACGAGGAAGGACAAGUUGAAAAUAAGGAAAAAACCUGGGUAAAACUCGACAAUGACUUGUUAGAAAAAUUAAUGAGCUCAAAGAAUGAAGUUGUUGGAAGAUUGAGAGUUGAAAAGGAUAAGGCUCAAUUGAGAAGAGAUGAGGAAUUGAAGCAGUUUGCAACCUCUUCCAAUAUUUCAUCACUUGAAUUUGCCAAACAAGAUGACGAAGAGUUUGAAAAAGAAACUGUCAUUACAGAAGAAAUUUUGGGUGUAGAUGAAGAAUAUGACCUUCCAAAGAGAAAGCCAGAAAAAAUCGAAGGAAAAUCAGUUAAUAUUAACCAAAUGUCUAAAAACUUGGAAUCUGUGGAUAUUGAGCUUGACGAAGCAGACUUGGAAGAAAUGCAAAAAUGGGGUGAAGAAGAAGAGGCAGCAUUUGAAGCAGAAAAGAGGAGAAAAGAAACAGCCUUCUCAAACAAGAAGGGAAAGGCAACAAAGAAGAAUAAACGUAGAAACUAG